AUGGUCUCCUCCACAGCGGGCAGCCGGGUGAGCCAGGAGCUGCGCUACACCAAGGAGAAGCUGGGCGAGGAGUCUGUCUACACCUCCCAGAUGUUGAUCCAGACCCCGAAGAGGGAUGGGGAGAACAUCCUGACACAGGAGGCCCUGCAGCUCCACCUCGAGGCGGCCCUAGCCGCCAGCAAGGUCCAAGUCUCGCUGUAUGGAAAAUCGUGGGAUUUGAACAAGAUCUGCUACAAGUCAGGUGUCCCCAUUAUUGAGAACGGCAUGAUUGAGAGGAUGAUAGAGAAGCUGUUCCCCUGCGUGAUCCUGACGCCUCUGGACUGCUUCUGGGAGGGCUCCAAGCUGCAGGGAGGCUCAGCUUAUCUCCCGGGCCGCCCGGACAUCCAGUGGAGCAACCUGGAUCCUCUGCAGCUGAUGGAGGAGCUGGGGCAGUUCACAUCCCUGGAAGGCUUCAGGGAGCUGCUGGACAAGGCAGAGGUGGGGCAGGCUUACAUGGAGCGGCCCUGCCUAGAUCCCCAGGACCCCCAGUGCCCACCUAGUGCCCCCAACAAGCAGAGCCAGCAGAGCCCUGACAUCCCAGCUGAACUCUCAGGGGGCUGCCAGGGCUGGGAGCCGUGGGGUGGGGGAUGGACCCAUUCCUGCAUCCUGGGGCACUGCAGCCGGUCCCAGCAAGGUGCGUGCCUGUCCCCCAGCGCCGAGGCCCUGCAGACCAUGUUCCUCCUCAUGAGCCCCCGGCAGCUCUACGAGCACUUCAAGGAUGACUACGAGAUCCAUGACAUCAGCUGGAGCGAGGAGAAGGCAGGAGCCAUCCUGGAGGCCUGGCAGAGGAAAUUCGUGGAGCUGGCGCAGGACUCCAUCCCUCCCAAUGCCACGCAGAGUGUCCAUGCUUUUUCCACCACGACACUCAACGACAUCAUGAAGUCCUUCUCUGACGUCAGUGCCAUCCGGGUGGCUGGGGGCUACCUCCUCAUGUUGGCCUAUGCCUGCGUCACCAUGCUGCGGUGGGACUGCUCCAAGUCCCAAGGGGCCGUGGGCCUGGCUGGGGUCCUGCUUGUGGCUCUUUCCGUCGCCUCUGGCCUGGGGCUUUGCUCACUGCUGGGCAUCUCCUUCAAUGCAGCCACCACCCAGGUCCUGCCCUUCCUUGCGCUCGGCAUCGGUGUGGAUGAUAUGUUCCUCUUGGCUCAUGCCUUCACCGAGACCAGCCAGCACAUCCCCUUCAAGGAGCGGACAGGCGAGUGUCUGAAGCGCACAGGGACCAGCGUGGCUCUCACCUCCGUCAGCAACAUGAUUGCCUUCUUCAUGGCAGCCCUGGUCCCCAUCCCUGCCCUGCGUGCCUUCUCCCUCCAGGCUGCAGUGGUUGUGGUGUUCAACUUCGCCAUGGUGCUGUUUGUUUUCCCUGCUAUCCUGAGCCUGGACCUGCAUCGCCGGGAGAAACGCCGGCUCGACAUCCUCUGCUGCUUCUAUAGUCCUUGCUCCUCGCGGGUCAUCCAGAUCCAGCCCCAAGAGCUUGCUGAUGCCAACGACAACCAUGCCUGCCACCCAUCCCCUUAUGGGCACCCCGGCGUGGCCACCAGCACACAGAUCACCACCACCGUGCAAGCCUUCACCCGGUGUGACCCCUCAGGCCACCAUAUCGUUACUGUCCUGCCACCCACCUCCCAAGUGUGCACCUCACCCGCUGUCCUCCUACCCCACACCGACCCCCUGGGCUCGCAGAUAUUCGCUCCAGCCAGCUCCACCCGGGAUCUGCUGGCCCAGCUGGAUGAAGCGAAGAGUGGGAGGGAGUGCGUCCCCCUGCCCUUCUGCCGCUGGAGCCUCGCUGAUUUUGCCCGUGAGAAGUACGCCCCUCUCCUCCUGCGGACCCGGACCAAGGCAGUAGUGGUGGGGCUGCUGUUCCUGGCCCUGCGGGGGCUGAGCCUCUAUGGCACCACUAUGGUGCACGAUGGGCUCUACCUGACGGACAUUGUGCCACGAGACACCAAGGCUCACGCCUUCAUCUCAGCCCAGUUCAAGUACUUCUCCUUCUACAACAUGUUCAUCGUCACCAAGGGUGGCUUCCAUUACCCGGGUGCCCAAGCUGCCCUGCUCAGCCUACACCAGGCCUUCAGCACCGUCAAGUACGUGGUGCGGGAGGGCAACCAUGACCUGCCCAAGAUGUGGCUCCAUUACUUCCAGGACUGGCUGCGAGGGCUCCAGGCCACUUUCGACAGGGACUGGCAGGCUGGGCGCAUCACCCAUGACAGCUAUCGCAAUGGCUCUGAGGACGGGGCACUGGCAUACAAGCUCCUAAUCCAGACCGGCAACAAGAAGGAGCCCUUCAACUUCAAUCAGCUGACCACACGGCGACUGGUGGAUGAGAAUGGCAUCAUCCCUCCUGACACCUUCUACAUCUGCCUGACGGUAUGGGCCAGCAACGAUCCUCUGGGCUUUGCUGCCUCCCAGGCCAAUUUCUACCCUCCACCACCCGAGUGGAUCCAUGACAAAUAUGACACCACGGGCGAGAACCUGCGAAUCCCAGCAGCACAGCCACUGGAGUUCGCCCAGUUCCCUUUCUAUCUGAGUGGGCUGCGUCGCACAUCUGACUUUGUGGAGGCAAUUGAGAGUGUGCGGGCCAUCUGCCGGGAGGCUGCCCAGCGCCAUGGGGUGCUGAGCUACCCCAGCGGCUACCCUUUCCUCUUCUGGGAGCAGUACAUCGGCCUGAGGCACUGGUUCCUGCUGGCCAUUAGCAUCCUGCUGGCCUGCACCUUCCUUGUCUGUGCCCUGCUGCUGCUUAACCCCUGGACAGCUGGCAUCAUCGUCUCCAUCCUGGCCAUGAUGGCUGUAGAACUGUUUGGCAUCAUGGGACUGAUGGGCAUCAAGCUGAGUGCCAUCCCCGUGGUCAUCCUCAUUGCCUCAGUGGGCAUCGGUGUGGAGUUCACUGUCCAUGUGGCCCUGGGCUUCCUGACGGCUGCGGGGAGCAGGAACGUGCGCUCGGCCGCAGCACUGGAGCACACCUUUGCCCCCGUGAUGGAUGGUGCUGUCUCCACUCUCCUGGGCGUCCUCAUGCUGGCUGGCUCUGAGUUUGACUUCAUCAUGAGGUACUUCUUUGCGGUGCUGACCAUCCUGACGCUGCUGGGGCUGCUCAAUGGGCUGGUGCUGCUGCCAGUCCUGCUCUCUGUCAUUGGGCCACCCCCUGAGGCAUCCUUGGUGGAUAAUGGCCCUGGCCUACCCCAUCCGGAGUCGGUGCCCCCAUGCCUGGGCCCUGGUGGGGUGUACGUCCGGUGCACUCCAGCCUGGCCUGCCACCUUCCCCGACUCCUCGGACACAGAACGCUACACGGAGAAUGUGGGGCCUGGCAGCCCCCGAGGACCCUUCAUUGUGCCCCCCACCCCAGCACACAUCCUGCUGGAGGCUGGCAAAGACCCCAGCUUCCCCCACAUCACUGUGCUGAAGCCCUACAAGGACAACCUGGAGGUUCAGGGGAAGAAGGAGGCUUCUGGCCUGCAGCCCACAGCCCCACUGCCCUUUGGAGAGCCGUGCCCCACGCAGCCCCGAGACCACCUGCAGCCCUGCCCACCAGGCACUCGGCCAGCACCCCCCACAGCCCUGCCCACCUACAGCACCCACCUGCAGGGUCCUGCGCGCAGCUACACCACCGUCACGGCCACCGCUUCAGUGACAGUGGCCCUGCACCCUACACUGCCUGGCUCCUACCCCAACUUCGGCUCUGAGGGCUUUGCCAGCGCUGAGCAGGACUGCCUGGAGGAGUCCAGUGUGCCCAGCACCAGCGGCACUGCUGUGCCUGAUGCCUUUGAGAUGCAGAGCAUGGGACGCUGCGGGGCAGGUGUCCGGCGCUAG